AUGUCGGCCGCAGCAGCCCCGCCCGAGACGAUCCUCUUCGGGCCGUUUGACGUCUCCACCCAGGUCUUUUACUCGACCGAGCACUCGUUUGCCAUUGUCAACAUCAAGCCCCUCAUGCCGGGGCAUGUCCUCGUCUGCCCCAAGACGCCGCACCGCCGCCUGACCGACCUGGACGCCGCCGAGGCCCUCGACCUGCUUGCCUCGGUGCAGGUCGUCCAGCGCAUGCUGGCCGCCUACUACUUUGACGAGACGCCACCACGCGCCCACGACACUGAGGCAGUCCACAAGGGCAGCUUCAACAUUGCCAUCCAGGACGGGCCCGAGGCUGGGCAGACGGUGCCGCAUGUGCACGUGCACGUGCUGCCGCGCAUCCGGGGCGCCACGGCCAAGAUCGCCUUGACAGAGGCGGACGAGCUCUACGAGAAGAUGGCCGACGAGCCAGGCAACGUGGGCGGGCAGCAAUGGGACGCUGCGCUGGCAGCGGCGCAUGCAUCGCAGUUUGGUGACCGGCCACAACCCGGCGGCAAGUUCCCCAAGAUCGAGGACAGCAACCGCCAAGCGCGCACCAUGGCAGAGAUGGAGGCGGAAGCGGCUGAGUUCCGCAAGGCACUGACCAAGGUGCUGGGCCGGUGA